GUUGUGGACAUGAGUGAUAUUUCCAAGCAGCCAUCUCUGUUUUACCACCUUGGUGUGCGUGAAAGCUUUGACAUGGCUAACAAUGUCAUACUUUACCAUGACACUGAUGCUGACACUGCUCAGUCCCUCAAGGAUAUGGUAUCUCAGAAAAACACAGUUGCCAACUGCAAAGCUUUUCUCCCGGUUCAAGUACCUCCCGAAUAUCGCGGUGGUAAUCUGAGAGGCAAAGCUUCCAGUGGCAAUUAUUAUUUUAUUCCAUAUAUUGUCACACCUUGUGCUGACUACUUUUGCUGUGAAAGUGAUGCCCAGCGAAGAGCUUCUGAGUAUAUGCAACCCAGCUGGGAUAAUAUCCUGGGGCCACUUUGUGUCCCACUAGUGGAGAAGUUUAUCAGCCUUCUCAAGGAUGUUCAUGUUACAUCAUGUGCCUAUUAUAAAGAAACACUGCUAAAUGAUAUUAGAAAAGCAAGAGAGAAGUAUCAAGGAGAUGAACUGGCUAAGGAGCUGGCCAGGAUUAAGCUUCGGAUGGAUAAUACUGAAGUGCUGACUUCUGACAUUGUCAUAAACCUGCUUCUUUCCUACAGAGAUAUUCAGGACUAUGAUGCUAUGGUGAAGCUGGUAGAAACACUAGAAAUGCUUCCUACCUGUGAUCUGGCUGAUCAACACAACAUUAAAUUUCAUUAUGCUUUUGCAUUAAACCGAAGAAAUAAUGCAGGUGACAGAGAGAAGGCACUACAAGUUAUGCUUCAAGUCCUACAAACUUGUGAUCACCCUGCUCCAGAUAUGUUUUGCUUAUGUGGGAGGAUCUACAAAGAUAUGUUUCUUGAUUCUGACUGUAAAGACACCAAUAGCCGAGAUCAUGCCAUUGAAUGGUAUCGCAAAGGGUUUGAACUCCAGUCAACUCUGUAUUCUGGAAUUAACCUUGCAGUUUUGCUGCUUGUUGCAGGACAACAAUUUGAAAGCUCAAUGGAACUAAGAAAAAUAGGUGUACGGUUAAACAGUUUAUUGGGAAGAAAAGGAAGCCUGGAAAAAAUGAACAGUUACUGGGAUGUGGGACAGUUCUUCAGUGUGAGCAUGCUGGCUAAUGAUGUUGGUAAAGCAGUACAAGCAGCAGAGAAACUUUUUAAGCUGAAACCUCCAGUAUGGUAUCUGAAAUCAUUAGUUCAGAAUCUGAUGUUAAUUCAGCGUUUCAAGAAACUCACCAUAGAACAUUCUCCUAGACAAGAAAGAUUGACUUUCUGGCUAGAUAUAAUUUUUGAGGCAACAAAAGAGAAAACUAAUGGACUGCGAUUUCCAGUUUUGGUGAUAGAACCAACUAAAGUCUACCAGCCUGCUUAUGUUUCAAUCAACAAUGAAGCAGAUGAGAGAUCUCUCUCUUUGUGGCAUGUGUCUCCUGCUGAAAUGAAACAGAUUCAUGAAUGGAAUUUUACAGCUUCUUCCAUUAGGGGAAUAAGCAUUUCCAAAUUUGAUGAACGAUGUUGUUUUCUUUAUGUCCAUGACAACUCUGAUGACUUUCAGAUCUACUUUUCUACAGAAAACCAAUGCAGUAGAUUCUGUGCGUUGGUGAAAGAAAUUUUGUCUGAUGCAGUUGGCAGUACUUUGGAACUAGAAGGAGAAAUAGAUGGAGACACACUGGAGUAUGAAUAUGAUUAUGAUGAGAAUGGUGACAGGGUAGUUCUAGGGAAAGGUACUUACGGAAUAGUUUAUGCUGGAAGAGACCUUAGUAAUCAGGUCCGAAUAGCCAUCAAAGAAAUACCUGAAAGAGACAGCAGGUAUUCUCAACCUCUUCAUGAAGAGAUAGCGCUGCAUAAAUAUUUAAAGCAUCGGAACAUUGUCCAGUAUCUUGGAUCUGUUUCAGAAGAUGGAUACAUUAAGAUUUUUAUGGAGCAAGUGCCAGGAGGCAGCCUCUCAGCUCUCCUAAGAUCUAAGUGGGGCCCGAUGAAAGAACCUACAAUUAAAUUUUACACCAAGCAGAUUCUGGAAGGCCUUAAGUAUCUCCACGAGAACCAGAUUGUACACAGAGAUAUAAAGGGGGAUAAUGUUUUGGUGAACACCUAUAGUGGUGUGGUAAAGAUAUCUGAUUUUGGUACAUCCAAACGGCUGGCAGGAAUCAAUCCAUGCACUGAAACAUUUACAGGAACCUUGCAGUAUAUGGCUCCAGAAAUAAUUGAUAAAGGACCACGAGGUUAUGGGGCACCAGCUGACAUCUGGUCACUAGGUUGUACCAUUAUUGAAAUGGCAACAGGGAAACCCCCAUUUCAUGAACUAGGGGAGCCUCAAGCAGCAAUGUUUAAAGUUGGGAUGUUCAAGAUACAUCCUGAAAUUCCAGAAACACUUUCUGCUGAAACAAGGGCCUUUAUUUUGCUCUGUUUUGAACCUGAUCCUAGUAAACGUGUUACAGCAUCUCAUUUGCUCAGAGAUUCCUUCCUGAAACAAGUAAACAAGGGCAAGAAAAGCAGAAUUGCAUUCAAGCCUUCAGAUUGUACUCGUAAUGCAUCCCUCCCACUGCCAAUCCAUGGAGAACAGGCUGGCAGUAGCAGCAGUGAGCAUGGCUCCAUUUCACCAGACUCUGAUGUACAGCAUGACAUGUUUUUUGAAAGGCCAAAGAGAUCCAUUUCAGAAAUUCAGACGAAGCAUCCCAUUUCCCAUUUACUGAGCGUGCCCGAUGAGGGCUCGGCCUCAGAGGACAGGGGCACCUCUCCUUCCCUUGAGGAUAAGGAUUCCGGUCUGUUUCUGCUGCGGAAGGACAGCGAGCGCCGAGCAAUCCUAUACAAAAUCCUUAAGGAAGAACAGGAUAAAGUUGCUUCCCAUUUGCAGGACUGUAUCGCACAGAGCUCGGAAGAACUGCAACUUUCAGUAGCCCACAUCAAGCAAAUUAUUGGGAUUUUAAGGGACUUCAUACACUCUCCAGAGCAGAGAGUGAUGGCGUCUACCAUAUCCAAGUUGAAAAUGGAUUUGGAUUUUGACAGCACUUCCAUCAAUCAGAUUCAUCUGGUGCUGUUUGGAUUUCAGGAUGCGGUAAACAAAGUAUUAAGAAAUCACUUAAUAAGGCCCCACUGGAUGUUUGCAAUGGAUAACAUAAUUCGCCGUGCUGUCCAAGCAGCAGUCACUAUUCUUAUUCCAGAGCUUCGAGCUCACUUUGAGCCAGCGUUAGAAAUUGAAGGUGGGGACAAAGAUGGCAAUGAAGUGGAGGAUGGUCACCAGCCUACUGAACAAAAUGGGGCUGAGGAUCCCACUAUCACAUCGGGAGUUGGCACCCUUAGUUCUGAGGUGUCACAUGAAGCUCAGCAGCAACUGAGCCUGGAAUUGGGCAGACUUAAACAAGAGACCUCAAGGCUUUUGGAAAACCUUGUUCAGAAAGAGAAAGAGUAUCAGACCCUCUUACGACAAUCUUUGGAGCAAAGAACUCAGGAAUUACGCUUGUUUCAAUUAAAACUUAAACCUGAAGACACCCAAUGGUCUGCAGCAACCUUUAAAGCAAAUGCAGACCCUGAGCUCAUGAAUUGGCUGAAGCAACAAGGAGCAGACUCAGAUGCCAUUAAGAGGUUUGCUGAAGAAGAUUAUACACUAAGCACUGUGCUUAAUGAUAUCACUAAAGAUGAUUUGCGGUGUCUUCAACUGCGGGGUGGUCUUCUCUGCAGAAUUUGGAAUGCAAUAUUAAACCACCGCCAAACAUCUGGUAAGACCUCAGUGCAGCAGGUUAAUGCUUUGGAAGGAGAAUGUGUAAUGGGAAUAAACAAAUGA